AUGGUGUACGCGAAAGCUGGGGAAUCUCUACCAGUGCCGAAUGUGCAGGCACUCGCACAAACCUACAGUAGAUCCGACGAGCAGAUCGCUGAGAGGUACAUCAGGGAAGAAGAAGCUGCAGAGGAGGUGAUCAGUGGUCGUGACAUUGCACUUGCAAUCCCAAUCAUUGAUCUCAAAAGGUUGGUUGAUCCGCAGUCAUCUAAAGAGGAGUGUGCAAAGCUUGGAUUAGCGUGUAACCAGUGGGGAUUUUUCAGUUUUCCGUUCUUUUUUCUUUCCCCAAACCAAAAGUAG